AUGGUUCAUCUCGCAGCAAUCCGAAGGGAAUCAGUUGCGCUUCCGAAUAGACCAAUUCAGCGUAUCGAAACCAUCCCCCUUGAGGAGCCUCAGGAACAUGACUUCUUCUCCAGCGUCUAUGGCUCUCGGUUCGCGGCAGAGGACCUGCCUACACUCGAGAUGCCGGAGAAAGAAAUGCCCAAGGAGGUGGCAUAUAGAAUGAUCAAGGACGAGUUGAGUCUGGAUGGGAAUCCUAUGUUGAACUUGGCGAGUUUCGUUACCACAUACAUGGAGGAGGAAGCUGAAAAACUCAUGACUGAGUCGUUGAGCAAGAACUUCAUUGACUACGAGGAAUACCCACAGUCUGCAGAGAUUCAGAACCGCUGCGUCAACAUGAUUGCUCGCAUGUUCAAUGCUCCUGGAGAAGAUUCGGAAGAACAUGCCAUGGGGACCUCGUGCGUAGGUUCUUCCGAAGCCAUCAUGCUGGGCACGCUCGCUAUGAAAAGGCGCUGGCAAAAUAAAAGAAGGGCAGAAGGAAAAGAUUGCUCCAAUCCCAACAUUAUUAUGAGCAGCGCUGUUCAGGUAUGUUGGGAAAAGGCAGCGAGAUAUUUUGAAAUUGAGGAGAAAUUCGUCUACUGCACCAGUGAUAGAUACGUCAUUGAUCCAGAAGAGGCUGUCAAUCUCGUGGAUGAGAAUACCAUUGGCAUUUGUGCAAUUUUAGGCACCACAUACACUGGCCAGUAUGAAGAUGUACAGAGGAUUAACGAUCUUCUUGUCGAACGUGGAAUCGAUUGUCCCAUCCAUGUUGACGCAGCAAGCGGUGGAUUUGUGGCACCCUUUGUAAACCCGAAUUUGGAAUGGGAUUUCAGACUUGAGAAGGUUGUUUCUAUAAAUGUCUCUGGACACAAAUAUGGUCUCGUAUACCCGGGUGUUGGCUGGAUUGUUUGGCGUUCUCCGGAAUAUCUCCCCAAGGAGCUCGUUUUCAACAUUAACUAUCUUGGGGCCGAACAAGCCAGCUUUACCCUAAACUUCUCCAAGGGCGCGUCGCAAGUUAUCGGCCAGUAUUAUCAAAUGAUCCGCCUUGGGAAACGCGGCUACCGCAAUAUAAUGAUCAAUCUCACGCGCACCGCGGACUAUCUCUCCUCAGUGCUGAAAGAAUUAGGUUUCAUCAUCAUGAGCGACGGGAGGGGCCAUGGUCUGCCUCUUGUAGCCUUCCAUCUAUCUUCUGACCAGGGCUAUGAGUUUGAUGAGUUUGCGCUGGCUCACCAGUUGCGGGAACGCGGCUGGGUUGUUCCUGCAUAUACCAUGGCGCCGCAUAGUGAGCAGUUGAAACUCAUGCGUAUUGUGGUUCGAGAAGACUUUAGCAGAAGUCGUUGCGAUUCGUUGCUGGCUGAUAUCAAACUUGCAUUGGAGCAGCUGAGUGAGAUGGACCGAAAAGUUAUGGAGAAAUAUCAACACCAUAUCCGCCAACACGUUUCCAACGUCGGCAAGGCAACUCAUAAUCACCCCCAUUACCAGGAUGAAGACCACUCCCUACAAGGAAAGACAGGGAAAACUCACGCUAUCUGCUAA